AGUGCAUACAAGGCGUGAUAACUUAUGCAUGUGCAUGAUAACGAUCUUUACCUAUGAUGUGGAUUAUGGAUUAAAAAUUACGCUGAUAUUAAAGCUUGCUACACAUUAAAUCCGCUGGUUCUGUGAAGCUCAGAAAGUCUGCAAGUUAAGGACGUGGUUCAUGGGUUCGUCCAAAAAGGAACGAGGUUCUGAGAAGAGGGGGAGCCGACACCGUCACCGUGACGACUCGGACGAUGACGAGAGAAAAAGAGGUAGUCGUCGUAGGAACCGUUCUAAGGAGAGAGACAGAUCAAAAAACAGAGAUAGGUCACGCUCACCAAGGGAGAAGAGAGAUAAAAAAAGGGAGAGGUCCAGUUCGCCACAUCGCAGGGAUAAGAGGGAGAGGUCUGGUUCACCGCACCAUAAAGACAGAAAGGAAAGGUCUGGUUCCAAAGACAGAGAAAGUUCAAAGAAAAGACGAGAGGACGACACCAGGGGGCGGUCUAAAUAUGAUGGGCGGAGCUCCAGAGGCGACAAUCAGUCACCACAACAAGAGGAGAGAAAAGCAGAGGAAAUGAGUGCUGAUGUGCCUGCCAGGUCAGGUGACACCUCCUCGCUCAGUAUUGAAGAGACUAACAAACUCAGAGCCAAACUUGGACUAAAGCCGUUACAAGUGGAAGGUGCAGUUGCUCAGAAAACAGAAGAGACAGAAGGAGGAGAUGCCAUUGCCCCUAUGAAAACGGAAGAAUUUCAUGCUCCUCCCACGAACAUCGGUCAUGUGAAGGCUGCUGAAAAGCUCAGAGAGAAAAUGUCGACCAUGAAAGAUACCAGGCAAUUAGCAAAGAAGCUAGGCUCCACACGCACACUGGGGGAGAGUGAUAGUGACGACGGAGAAGACAACACCACCUCGUGGGUUGAGAGGAUGAGGCAGAAGGAGGAUCAAAAAAGAGCAGCAGAUAAAAAGGCUCGCAUGCUUGCCGAAAUGGACGAAGAGUUUGGAAUUGGAGAUUUAGUCAACUCGACCAUAGGGCAGUCCACCAACAGGGCGUAUGCAGCUGCUGAUCUCGCUGGACUCGCUGUAGAGCACUCAACACAGGCCUUCAAGGAGGGCAGGAAUAUAGUGCUAACUCUCAAGGACUCGGGUGUUUUGGAGGAGAUGGAUGAUGUGCUGGUCAACGUGAACAUCGUGGACGCUGAGAAGGCAGCAAAGAACGUUGAGAAUAAAAAGAAGACCAGACAGAAUCCAUACGAUGAAGUGGAAGAAAUGGACGAGUUUGGAAAUGUGAAUCAACCCACACUGUUGAAGAAGUACGACGAAGAAAUAGAAGGAGAGAAGAAAAAAUCGUUUACACUCGGUGUUAGGGGAGAUGUGGACACCAGCGAAGAAGCGAGAUUACAACAAGUUAAAGAUAAACUCCAAGAAAAACAGGUUUCCCUGGAAACAGGCCCCUCCCACAUUGCCAGCGAGUACUAUACGAGUGAAGAGAUGGUUAAGUUUAAAAAACCAAAGAAGAAGCGAAAAGUUCGCAAAAAGUUGAAAGCUGACGAUAUUUUGCCCCUUGGAGAUGUGGGCACUAAGGACCAUGGCUCGAGAAGGGAUCAUGGCAGUAGGACCAGCCAGGAACAAGAAGAAGUCAGUAUGGAUGUCAGUAUGGAUAUUGAUGAGCCAGUGCCCGAGGCUACUACUACUGACUUGAGGGACGACGACACUGGCUCUGUGACAACUGCGCUAGAGAAGACCCGGAGGUUGGUGAAGCGUGGGCGGGGGGAACCCCACGGAGCAGCGAUGGUGGCAAACAUGUUACAGAGCGUUCCACAGAUAAUGGUCAAAGAGGAACCCAGUGAUGAUAUGCCUGAAGGCACUAUAAUACUCAACACCACGUCUGAGUUCUGUAGGCAGGUGGGGGAGGACGAGAAGCCAGAAAAGAGGCGUGUCUCCGUUGCCGAACUGGAGGAUGAGUUUGGUGUUGAGGAGAUUAUGGAACUAGACACUCCACAGUUCAACAGUAGCGAGGGAGGAUGGAGCGAAGUACAGGGCGAUACUGAGAAGAAGCAAGACGCAAAGUUUGAUGAGCUCUACCAAGAGGCAGAACCCAUGGCCUCCACCAGCGUGUUGGCAACCCUCCAGCUGGCAGCAAGGAAAGGCUUCAUCCCACACGAGAAGAGGAAAGAUUCCAAAGGCAGUAAAACUUCUCAGGGUGAUGCAAAGAAAGACUUGGAGUAUGAACGACAGAAAGAGAGAGAGCGAGAAAGGGAACUGUCAAAGUACCAGCGAGAGGGGAGUUUCCCUGAGAAGAAGGGCUACAAACCCAACGUCAGGAUCGUACAUGUUGACGACUCUGGGAGAGAGUUAUCUAUUAAAGAGGCAUUCCGGUUCAUGUCUCACAAGUUUCACGGGAAAGGCUCCGGAAAGAAGAAGAUUGAGAAGAGGUUGAAGAAGAUCCAGGAGGAGGAGUUUCUUAAGUCAUCCAGCUCUAUUGACACGCCCCUCAACACUCUGGCCAUGCUCAAGAGCAAGCAAGCGGCCUCUCAGUCUCCCUAUAUACUCCUCAAGGGUGCUGGGGCCCAGUCAUUGCAGGCGCCGGAUGUAAUCCGGAAGAGAAAGUGACCACCAACAGAGCAGCAAGGAGCUAAAUACAUACUUGACUAAAUAGUUCUACACACUGUACUCUUGAAUUUCUCUUAAAAUAAUUUUGUCAUUUCUGUUUCAAAGUUGGAUUACACUUUCGACUGAUAUUUGAUUAUUAUGAACAAACGCAA